UGUUUGUCGCGUCUUCUUUUUGUUUUGUUUGAUAUCUUCUUUUCUUGGCCGUCGGGAUACGUUCGAAAGUUUUUUAAUCGGUUCGGCGGACGUUUUGCUUUUUGAUGCAAGCCGACGGUGCGUUCCAGUUAGAAGAUAGAUAUUUGUUUUGCUCCGAAGACUUCAAAAAUUCAUUCAGACAGACGAUAUCAAUAAUAACUAAGAAGCGGAGAGAAUGCAGAAUGCCUUUUUUUGCAAUGUAUAAACUGAUUUUUAAUUAUUUAAAAUAACUCUAACAAAAACAAGGAAGAUAAUUUGAUGCUAUAUACUAAUAACCACUAAUCAGCAAUAUUUGUUGUUAUGUCAGUUACUACAAUAAACAAAAAAAUCUGACGCAUAUUAGUUAGACCAUCUCAUACACCAUGAUAAAAGUGUGAUCGUGUGGAGAAAUUGGAUAUAUUUGUUACCGUGAAAGACCGAAAUUGGUGUUUGUUGACAUACACAGAUUAAUGUCGACAAACGCCAAAUGAAUUGGUUAAAGACCGAAUAAUUCAGUCUUUACCGGUGUAUGUCGAGAAACACAUACAAGUUGAAGUCAGUAACGGCCGGACCAAACAGGCUUUUGUGUCGUUUAUUCACUUCGUUAUGAUUUGACUUGUCGCCAGUCUUACACAAAGUUCGAUCGAAAGCGAUAAAAUAAUUUGUACUUGAUGGCUACUGCAGUAAAUAGUGAUUAAUUUCUUGAAAUGUUAAAUUCCCUAAUAAGAAGUAAAUGUUUUUAUUUUUCUCAAGAAAGGUAUUCUAAAAUCGUUUCUGAAGUAAUUUCUGCUAAAAUUAACUGCAGUACUCCUUUAGAGUGCAAACGUUUAAGAUGUUUUGACAUUUUAAGUUAGUGGCGAACAAAAGUUAAUACCAGGAGAAACGAAGGUCUAGUAUUAUGUUCUACACGAAGACUUGUUUUACGAAACUCACAAAAUUCAUGCUUAAAGAAUUGCAAGUUAAAUAAGAACAUAUUACCUAUGAAGUCGUAAUGCUCUGUUUAGAUUUGUAUAAAUGGUGUCAAAUGAAGCACAGUGCCUCUAAAAAGCUUAAAACCAAUGGUGAGUUCCGAAUUAAACUCUAGAUAUCAAGAAUUGAUAGACUUGCAAUGACACAGCGAUGGCGAUUGCAAACUUAUAAUGGUAUACCAAGAUCAUUUGACCAAUUUUACGACCGUUAAAAACAAAGAAAGCGGAAGAAGUAGCAUAUCACCUUUUUCCAUUUUUUAAAAUAUUUUGUGCAUCUGCAUUUUGUUCAGUAACCAAGUCGCCAAACCAAACACAACGCUGAGUUGAAAGAGUCAAUCAGAGUAUACAGAAUUUGUUAACUGCAUGGAUGCACGAUAUUGAUUCAAAUAAAUUGUCAGAGGGGCUGUCCUUUGUACCUUUGUACCAAAAACAAAAGUUAUUAUGAACGAAUACACCAGAGUCCAUAUGAAGCUUUGUUUGGCGAUAAACCAAAAAGAGGGAUAGCGUUGACAUCUCUCCUCAAGCAGCAAAUUCCAAAUAUUGAAACGGAGAAACAGAUAAAAGUUUAUUCUAGUACUUGUGAAGAAAAUGUGUUUUAGUUGUAAGUGACAAGGAUGACUAAAAUACCAUUUACACCAUUCCACCGUCACCUCAUGUAUUAACUAAUCCGCAAUCCAGGACGUCCUGAUCUGAACCGACCACGUUUUCAACUCAAACAUUGACUGAUCUUCAACCGAUUACGUCUGACUAGGUGCACGAGCUUAUCAAUUCAAAAAGAGUAGCUGCAAAAGAGCAUCUACUACCCCAAGCAACAUAAAAGUUGCGAACUUAAAAAAAAAUGUUUUCUGCGGUCGAAAUUGGUGAUACCGUAAGAACUAAGUCCCUGAUCUCUCAAAUUUGUUCGCCAAUUGUUGUUGGAAUAAAGGAUUCUUAUAAAUUGGCAAGCAAAUAUGGCACCUUGGCAGCUUUUAACCCGUAGUCAAUUUACAAUUUGUAAAGAGUUUUAAAAGACACUUGUUUAAGACGUUUGAAAAAUAUGGUGAAGAAACUUAAGAGAAGUCGAACGCAUCACAGGCUCUUUCGUGUUCUUUGAGUCUAGUUGAUAUUUUUCGUCCGGUCUCUCAAAUGGAAUUUUGUCUUUGACGGAUCGAAGAUGUUGAGAGAUUUUUGGACAAGUGGUAAAUCUGGUUUUGACGUUAUACUUCUUUAGAACUUUUGAUAUUUGGCAUUGAUGUUUUGAAUGUAAGGAAGGACCACAGUGGCAAGUGUAGGAUUGCUUUCGGAACGCUUAAUAUCUUUAAUUUGGAAAUUAUUGGAGAGAAGAGCAUUGGUAUGGUGACUGACAUUAGCUUCGACAUUUCCGGAGGGGUGGUUAAAACGCCGCACAGUAGGUGUAGUGAUGAUGCCUCCCCGUUGGCCGUCUAAACAGCCGCCGUUCGUAUCACUUUGUACAACCCGGAAGCGUAAAUUUAGCGAUCGAGAUCGUGCGGCGUCAUCAUGAGUAGCAGCAAAGAGCAGCAGCGUCAUAUCUUCGAUCGAAAUUCGCCCCGACCUCCGGUACCCGGAGAGGAAAAAUCGCAUUUCUUGUCGGAUUGGGGCUCGUCCACUAUUGCCCAGCAUCCACCGUGCGAGGACCUCGACUGCGGCAAGUUCGUCAAGCCCGCUUCACCCCCCUUGCCGAAGCGAAGUUGUUCGUUUCGGAACGACUCCUUAACCACCGGUCACACGUCGGAUAGUACUAGUGCUUCCUGGUCGCAGCAGUCUUUCCAGCAGCAACCAUCGUCUUCCGGCAGGCCGCAGACCCGCCAUCACUCUCCUCCUCCACCGUCGUGCCUGAAAUGGGCGCAUUCCUUGCAGGACCUCCUGCAGGACGGAGACGGAGUCAAAUUGUUUCGGCAUUACCUCGAGACCGAGGGCAAGUACCACGCGGACGCUCUGGACUUUUGGUUCGCCUGCGAGGGCCUCAGGAAGCAGGACGGUCCCGACAAGAUACAGCAGCUAGUUAAAGUUAUUUAUAAGAAAUUUUUCGUCAAAUCCGCUCUUCCGAUAUCCGAAGAACUGAGGAGGGAAAUUGGAAUAAACGUUAAGUCUUCCCAGUGCCUUGAGCCUCCCGUGACGCUCUUCGACGACGCCCAAGCUCAAGUGGAGCGUCUCAUUGUGAACACCACUUAUCCUAAUUUUAUAAAAAGCGACGUGUACCUGCAAUAUUUAGAGAAUGCCCAGACGUCGAGUAGCAGUAACGACGAGCAAGUAAACGAUUUCAGUAACGACCUGUCCAGCCAUGCCAACGGUCCGAACCCUUUGCCCACCCUGCACGAAGAUAAAGAACUGAUCAUGCACCCGCCCAUCCAUAUCAGUCACACUUCCGGGAGUGUAAGCAUCGGAUACCACACUCCAAACUUAUCCGGCGCCCCCAUGCGUUUGACCAGAGACCACCUGCUGCUGUCCCAGAACCGACGUGCCAUCGACAAGACCAAAUCGGAAACUUUCGUCAGUAUGUUUAUGAAUCGGGGCAUGACGGGGUCUCACGCUGCUUACAACUCGUAUAAUCCGGUCUCGAGGCAGGACAGCGAGCUGCACAGUUUGAGCAGUCACUCUGACGCGCGUACCGACUCAGACAACCUGUCCAUGACCGACAGUUCUGUCGAUGGGCGUUCCCUGGUCCGGACGUCACGACGUCAAGCGGCGGUGAACCGCGAGGCGCACAUGAACCAAAUCGUGAUACCCCGCACCAAGAGGAUUGACAAGUUGCAAUGUCAGCCUAUGGACGUGGAUCAGUUCGCCGCCAUUUUGUUCGAGAAGCUGGAAAUGGUCAAGAAGGAGCGGGAGACCAUGGAACUGAUCGAGAAAUUGAAAUUGGAAGAGAGCGAAUCGUUGAGCAGCGACCUUAAAAAACUGUUGGACGACGAAAACGACCAAUCAAUACUAGACGACCAUGUCUCGAUGGUAUUUCCCGACACUCCUGUCAGAUCGCCGGGGAUCGCUUCUCCUAAAAGGAACAGACAUCUGCAGAGCUCCAGACGCAGAAAGGACGGUUCGAUAUUCAGCAGCGAUUCGGGUAACGUGCACGAUUUCGCCGACGGAGGGUCGGAACACAAACUGGGCGUGGUCAAGUCGAAGAGCAUGCCCGAGUAUCCGGACGAUAGGUUCGCAAGGGGAGCGGUUGGCAGGAGGUCGUCGAAAAAGACGUUGGCCGACCUGACCGACAGCGGGGUGUCGGUGGUGUCAGACACGUGUCCCGCCUCCGCGCCCGCCAAGGACAGCAGGGUGCUCGCGUGGAUCAUGCAGGCCGACCCGAGUGGGCGGGGCGCGGGACACACUCACAGCGAGAUGUCAAUGAGACACCGCAGCGCUCACCGGACCGCCGGCAGCGCCACUUCGCCCAUUGCUGCCAGGCACAGAAAAGGUUUUGGUUCGCGUUCAAGUUCAGUCGAACGGAGUAGCGUCGGUAGGACCGCUCUCGGACCGGCCCAACCCUUCGUGGCCGACCCCAGCAUGCCGCCAUUACCCUUACCCAAUACCGACAUUCAAUUGGAGGAGACCAGCAGACGUUUACUCAUGGAAGUCGACAACAAAGGCAAACUCAGACAACGAACGUCGAACAGGCACCACCCUGAUUUAGCUCAAAGCGGCCAAUCAACGUUGAGAAAGUCGCAACGGGGUCGGCAGCCUGCUGACGAGGUGACCACCACCGUUGUGUUUUCGUUUUGCGACGAACAAUUUCCGUAUCGGACGAAAAUUCCGGGCAGCCACGUGACUCUCAAACAGUUCAAAGACUAUUUACCGAAGAAAGGGAACUACAGAUUCUUCUUCAAGACUGUUUGCGAGGAUCUCGGCAACCAAGUUAUACAAGAGGAGGUAAGCAACGACGGAGACGUACUUCCUUUGUGGGAGGGCAAAAUCAUGGCUCAGGUGAAGCCCGUCGACUGAUACUUUUUUAAAUUUUCAUAAGCCGAUAGAAGAUAAGGACCGCUCGCAAGAUUUCGGGAAGCGUCGGUAAAUCUCUAAAGUUUCGGUGUAGAUUUACGCGACACAAUUUUAAGUUUGCCUAAAAAUGCUUUUCGGUCCAUAUUUAAGGGUUGUUCAGUCUCUAUGAGUAAUAUUCACAAAUCCAGAUUCAAAGUAGAUGCUACAAAGUCCAAAUAUGCAGUGUGAUUCACUUUAUAUUAGGGUUUCAAAAAGAUUUGCUUCUUUCUGGAAUAUGUAAAGUUUUAUUAUGGGUACUUUUAAAAAUUCCUUUCAUUUUAUACAGGUUGUCCCAAAAGUGUUAAAAUGUAACCAAGUUACAUUUCUCAAAUUAAUAACAAGUGUUUCAGGUAUGUGAAUUAUAAAAGGCUUUCCAUAUUAUAAAUGGUUGUCAAAAAUCUGUUCUGAUUUACUAAGAACGCCAUAUUUUUUAGCUUACUGGGGAAUGUACUUUUUACUUAUUUUUUAUUUUACAUUACAUAUAGCUUACUAUUCGUGUUUUGACAGAAUCCGUGAAAUUAACAUUAAGUUCUAGUUUGUUUAUUGGAUAGUCUGUGAAUUUAGAUAUUAAGAUCUUAAGAGUUACAACUUGUGACAUGAUUCAAAACCAGGUUCAACAACUAGUUGGUACUAUAAACAAUAAAAUGCAUAGUGAUAAAUAAUAUUAUUUAUUAUCCAGACUACAACGGCAAACUAACUUAUAAAAACAACCAAUUUUCAAAAUGUCUACAAACUGUUGCUAAUUCUGGAUAACAUUUGCGUUAUUACAGUGUUUCCAUCAAAAUAAGUGUAGUGGUGCUAAGUCUGGAGAUCUGUGAGACCCAUUUCAAAACACAUUUCUUCCAAUCCUACUGAUUUCAAAAUUUGGUGAACUGCCCAAUGAUAAUGAGUUGUUCUAAUGUGUUAAACAUUACAAAAAAUAAUACACCUAUAGCGCAGUAAGACAAAACUGACAGCUAUAAUAAUUAUUUUUAUUUUCAAAACACCAAUUAGCGUCAAAAAUUUCGCGUAUAGUUAAGACAGGUUAAAUCAUUCGAUGGGUAAUUGAAAAGUACAAAGUUAAAAAUAUGGCGUUCCAUUUCAAUUAAUCAAGUUACAGCCAGAAGUUAUAUUUUGCGCACCUUGUAUAUGCGAAGUUGUUUAUAAUACCAAUCGGAUGUAAAAUAUGGUCUAUGGUUACAGUGAACCCUGACAUAAUUUAAAUAUUUUUGAUAUAUUUGAGAAUUAUUAUUAUUAUGUUAUUACUUAUUUUGAUCGUAGAAUCUGUAUUGUAUGGAAGUAAUUAUAGAAAGUAACCCUAAUAGGACAUUACACUUACAAAAGUUAUAUUUCGAAAAACUUAGCGUGAAUAUCAUUGUACAUAUUGGACAUAUUCUUUUCGUUGAUCUUAUGCAUUCAAACUUUCCGAAUCAGUGUUGCAAACGUAAAAGUAUAUAUGUUGUCAAUAAUCAAAUGAACGUCGGAAGAAGUGCCUUCAAACAUUCGAAAUGUUUAGUUUUUGGCGCCAUUAGCAAUACAUUUAGACAAUCACUCCCUUAUAUUAACACGGUUUUCAGAAAAUAAAAAGCAACCCGGCAGCUGUCUUAACGUUUGACAACUUUACGUUGAUAAUGGUGGAUUCACGCACGUGUUAACAAAACAACAGUUUAUUUAGUUAAUUCAUUAAAAAUCAAUGGCGCGUACUCACUUGCCAAUAGAAAAUAAUCCAAAAAAAAUUUGGUUGUACGUGAUUGAUUUUGUUGGUAAUAAAUUCAAACACAAAUUGAAACACAACAGCCUGAACAGACAUGUUCGUGACGCACAUGCGCAUAUUUGAUUGGACGUAAGAAAUUAAUGAAAAGUUACAUGUCCUUAAUCAAAACACUAAUUAAAGGACCAUUUAAAUUUUUAAUUUUAAAUUAGUGUAAAUUUUUAUGGAUACUUGCGUAAAUCCCCCAUAAGUCACGAUUUAGCUUGUCUGGCCGUUGUAACCUCCCCAGCGAAUGCAAAAAAACUUGUUUUUUUUUAAUGAAUUUCACCCGACUUUAAUGAAAUUUUAGUAUGUUAUAGAACUAGUUCACUUUUUUUAGAAGACAAGAUGAUGUAACUAGAAUAUGUUCAUUUUUCGUUUUUCCUUUUAUAUGUAUGAACUUUUUAUUAUUGAAUUUUUUAAAAUGAAAUUGACACGGAUAUCGCCUUUAACUCUUUAUUUAUUUUUUUCGCAAAAUGGAAAAAAUCAAAUAAUUAUUUGGGUAUUGUUAGGCGUUAACGUUCAAAGUAAUGAGUCGGAAAUUUUAUUUUUACUGCUAUGAAACAAGAUUUUACGAAAGUAUCACCUGUUAUUCAUAUAAGUUUUAAGUUAUGGUAAAAUAAUAAUUGUAGUAAUAGUAAAGAAUGUCGAAAGCUCUCUGUUUUGUGCAAUAGCUCCGAAAGUCAACAAAAAAUAAAAUAAUAGGUUUUAGCUUAAUAAGGCAAAUUUUUGAAGAAUAAGUUAAAAUUUCUGACUUAGUCAGAAUUUCCGUGUCAGGUCAGAAAAACAGUCAUAAUUUCUGGAAAACAAGUGAGAAUUUUUAACAUGGUUUUCACAGAAACGAAGCAAAUUGAAUCAUCAGAUAUAUAAGGUGAUUUAUAAAUAAUUUGGAAUCUAACUGGAGGCAGACACCAAAAUAUUAUGAAAUUCCAACAUUGUAUUUGAUUUUUUUUAUUAUUAUUACCAAAAUUGUUAUUGUUAAAUAUUUUUUUUAAUGCUCUCCUCUUAUCUUUUAAGUAUUGGAAAGAAUACCUUGAAUUAUAUAAGUGUAAAUAAAUCAAAAACCGAUUUAGCUCACAAAUUAUAACUUAUAUUACAAAAAUUUUGACUUAUUUUCCGACUUUUUUUUUCAGAAAAUUUGACAGCUCAUAAAUUUUGACUUCGCGUUUAAUAAAUAAAACCUAUCUUUAUGUUUUUUUGGUCUGAGAAUAAAAUAACUUUUGACACGUUGGAAAAUAAUUAUUGACGUUACUUAUACACAAAAAGAAUAAUUUAAACUUAGAUAAAGUACCUUCUAUGAAACUGCAUUGACAUAGUAAAAUAAUAAUUAAUUUAUUUAAUAUUGAGAAAUUGAAAGAAAAAACAAAAUAAUUUUCUGUUUUUUAAUCUUUAUUUAAUCCACCGCAACAUACUAAAACUUCAUUAAAUUCUCAUGCAUUUCUGCGGGGUUCUUUUUUUUUUAAUUUUAUUUAAAUUACUUCAGUAUUGUAAUUGCGUUUGUAAUUUUUAUUUUAACUAAUUUGAUUAAAUUUAGAGUUACGAAGCUUUGCUUAGUCGAUUUUUGAGAUUGUGUUGUAUUCUUUUGAUUAGUCAUGAGUAUGAUUUUAUUUUUGUCGGUUUAAAACGACAUUAUUUCCGCUCCAUUAUUUCUAAAUAGCGCGUAGUAUAAUUAAAAAACAUACCUCAGUCCUUUAUUUAACGCGGAUGGAGAAAAUCGUCGGGUUUUUCUAUCGUUAGGCUAGUUGCCUGUAAAUUUUUUACUUAAUUUGCGAUAGUUUUCGUUUAAUCGUUAGAACUGAUUUUACGUAGCGUUUAAUUUUGGCGAAGUUGGACGGGUCGGACCUACCAUUUUAUUUUUAUUAUUUAUUUUCAUUGCGGCGACUCGGUCGGCACGACCCUCUUCCAAUUUUACCGGAACACCCUUUCUUAUUUUUAGUGUAUCAUACGGUUAGUUGUCGACGUGUGGAUAACUUAUCCUCCUUUUUUUAACAACAAAAAUACUUAUUUUUUAUAUAAUAAACGGUAUUUUCUAAUCGACGGUAAAAAUUAACGCAGUAUUUUUUUAAUAGUAAAAUUAAAAUUCGACGUUUUUGUUGCCGCGAUAAUUUUGAUAUCGAAAGUUUGUCAUUUCGAAAUACUGUGCACCUUUUCGUUUGUAUUUUGU